AUGCCUCCUCGCCCUACGGAAAAUGUGUGGAAGUAUCCACGCCCACCAGCCCUUCAGAGGACUUCGGCCAGACUCAGAGUCAUUUGGCGCCCUCCCACUGGCCCCUCUGCUGCAACGACAGGAGGAGGGGAAGAGGUCGUUUUGGCCGAUACGACGCAGGGCUGGCGAGUGCUAGAGACGAGUCACCCUCCUACCGUAAGUGCAUGGGCAGCUUUCAGACAAGUGGUGUGGGGUAUAAUGUGUCGGUAUUUGGAGCAGCGUCCCCCUUGACCCAAAUCAGCUUAGCGCUGCUUUUGUCGAUCCCCGAUCCCAAACGAACAACACAGUACUACUUUCCUCCCUCUUCUGUGCGUCGAGACCUCCUACAAGAUUCGAGCGCUCGCAGGACGAUGUGCGAGUGGAAGGGACAAGCAAAGUAUCACGAUGUCUUUUCUUCCACAGCGAGGAUCUGGUCGUACCCCAGCGCGACCGGCAAGACCGGACCAACAUCCGAUUCGCAGGGAUUUGAGAGCAUCAAGGAGCACUACUGCUUCUACGCCUCUUCCAAUACCGAUCCCAAAACUCAGGGAGCUUGGGUUUGCGUGAGUGCUUGCUGCGCUCAGAGGGAAUUUUGGGAAAAAAGAAAAAAAGAAAAAACGGUUGGUUGCACAACUGUGCCGCACAUGCUGAUUGACAGGAAUAUGUGGUGCGUUCCUUGCUCGUACCUCUGCGUCCCACACAUCCGCAUCCAGAUGGUGGAUGAUGACAUAGUGCAGGCACAAGAGGGAGACUUUUGUAAGCAGAGCGCCGGUACAGUUUGCACGAUAGCACCAUUCCUGACGUCGUGACUUGCCGCUCAACCGACUGCCAUUCAUUCAUUCAUUCGUUCAUUCAUCGCUCGCUCCCUCGCUCUGACUGACUGCCGCCAUACAGAUGGCUCGUGGAUCACACCCGAGAUAACGGGCGGGGAAAGAGGCUUCAAAGGCGCUGCUGGUACUUGGGGUUGGUAA